AUGAGCAUAUUUAAUGCUAAUGAAAAAAAUAAUUCAAUUCAAUGUCUAGAUAAACAAAGUGCCACAUUUAUGUGGUUUCAAUUAUUAAUUGAUGUGUUGAUGCAUUUACCACAGACAGAAAAUUCAAAAAAUGAAAUGCUCUAUGAAUGUCGAUUGCAUUACACAGGGAACAAACAACAACAAAACAAAAUUGAUGAUUUUUGUAACGAUUAUGAAUCUGACCAUGCGAUAUGGUGGUAUACAUUGGACAGUUUUGUCUAUCGUUUAUUGAACAAAGCAUUUCGAACAGGAAAUAUCGAUAUUAUAUUUAAAUUUCGAUUUUUCAUAGUAGAUCUUUUCAAUCGUAUAAGAGAAUCGCACGAUGAGUUUAGAAAAAUAAAUGAUAUCAAGGAAAUAACAGUUUAUCGUGGUCAAGAGAUAGCGGCAACAGAAUUCAGUAUACUACGAGAAAAUAUUGGCAAGCUUAUUUCAAUGAAUUCAUUCAUAUCAACCACUAAAGACCGAAAUUUGGCGCUUGUUUUUGCCGGUAAUGGUUCAAAUCGUCCACUGUUUAAAUCUAUUUUAUUUGAAAUGACCAUUGUCACAGAACAUACAAACAUAAAAUUUGCUGAUGUUAUUUUUAGCGAAGAAUAUGAGGUACUCUUAACAAUGGGUGCUGUGUUUCGAAUAGAGUCAAUCAUUGAACAAACCCUAGAUAAUAUUUGGAUAGUUAAACUAAUUACAAGUGAUGAACAAAAUAUCCAACUAACAGAAUUAACGACAUAUUAUAAAGAACAAAUUGGAGAGAAUACUUCAUUGAUAACAUUUGGAAUUUUUCUUUAUUAUGUAGGACAAUAUGAUAAAGCUGAGCGAUAUUUUCAAAUUGUAUUGGAUGAACUUUCAUCAGAUAAUGAAUAUGUUGCCAGUAGAGUAUACAAUAACCUGGGUGUAAUAUGCCAGUCCAAAGGUGAUUAUUCAGCAGGAUUAAAAUUUCUUCAGAAAGCGCUAGAAACUCGAUUAGCAUCACAAUCGUCCAAACUCACCAGUACAAAAUUCUCUUCCACAAUCAAUCAUAUGUCAAUAUUUGAACAUUUAGGCACAACAAGUCCGAUGCAAAUGCCACGUGUUGUCAUACCAUUGUUACCAUUAAUUUAUCAUUACAUGUCUUUAGUUAAUUUCAAGGAGGGCAAUUAUUUUGAAGCUUUAAUGAACAGUCAGAAAAAAUAUGAAGUCGAAAAGUACAUAAGUUUAAAUUACCAGCCUGAAUCACCAUCUUUCUUUUUGCAAUCUCACCAUCAUGAUUUAAGAACGGUAGAAUUUUACCAAAAUAUUCUUGACAAGAAACUGUUACAAUCUACCAAUCAUUAUUCAUUAUCUCUUGCACAAACCUAUAUAACUAUUGGAGAAAUUUAUUCUGCUAAUAGCAAUUAUCCAGAAUCAUUAAUUAAUUAUCAGAAAGCGCUAACAAUUCAAGAAAAUUUAUUGGCGCCAGACCAUCCAGAUUUGGCGUUAACUUAUUAUAAUAUUGGUUCACUGUAUAUUGAACAAGAUGAUUACAUGAAUUCACUCACAAAUUACGAAAAAGCACUGCGUAUACAAACCGAUGUUUUACCUCGUAAUCAUCCACAUCUUAUUGACACUUAUAAUAGUAUUGGAAUAGCCUAUUUCAAAACAAAUGAUAAUAUGCGAGCUCGUGAAAAUUUUAAAAAAGCGCUCGAAAUUGCAAUGAAUCUACCGCUAAGUUAUCACUCAUCUCUUGGCUUAAUAUAUGUCAACAUUGGAACGGCUUAUUUAAACAAAGCCGAGUAUGAACAGGCAUUACAAUAUUAUAAAAAGGCAUUAGUAAUUUACAAAAUUUUUCUGCCACGUAAUCAUUCUAACGUUGCUGUUGUACAUAACAAUAUUGGAUCAAUUCAUUUAAAACUCGCAAAUUAUUUGGACGCACUUGAACAUUAUGGAAAAGCACUUGAAAUCUGGACGAAUAUUCUUCCAAAAAAUCAUCCAUCGUUCGUGUUAGUUCAUAAUAAUAUUGGCGACGUUUUAUGUAAAAUUGGCGAUUAUACUCAAUCAUUAAUAAAUCAUAAACGUGCUCUUGAUAUUGUACGACUUUUUUUGCCUCCUGAUCAUCCAGAUGUUGCAAAUACAUUGAUUUGCAUCGGAGUAGUACAAUAUAAACAUGGCAAUGUUGUAGACGCAUUAACAAAUUUUCGUGAUGCACUGCAAAUAGAAAUGUCGACACUACCAGAAAAUCAUCCUUCAAUUGCAUCGACGCUUAAUAGUAUCGGUUUACUACAUUCCAAACAAGGUAAUUUGAUUGAGGCAUUGGAUAUUUGUAAAAAAUCACUUGAAAUACGAACUCGUAUUUUGCCGCCAAACCAUCCAGAUAUUGCGUCAACUUAUAAUAACAUUGGAGACAUUUAUCUAAAAAUGGACGAUUGGGCAAUGGCUUUGGAAAAUUUUCAAAAAGCAUUACACAUUGAAACGGAAUUACUAUCAUGUGAUCAUCCACUAUUAGCUAACACAUUGAAUAAUCUCGGUAUAACUUACUCGAGAAAAGAUGAACCGGACAAAGCAUUAGAAUUUUAUACGAAAGCUCUUGAUAUCUAUAAGCUUUCACCUUCUCAUCAUAAAUAUGAAAUAGCUACAAUAUAUAGUAACAUAGGAAUGAUACAUUUUCAAAAUGGUAAUUACAGUGCUGCAUUAGAAAGCUAUGAAUUUGGCCGACAAAUUGAACUAGACAUACUACCUGCAAAUCAUCCAUCAUUCGUUAUUACUUAUACAACAAUUGGACAUGCUCAUUUUGCAAAUGGAGCCUAUGAAGAAGCAUUGACUAAUUAUGAAAAAGCACUGGACAUUUGCAAGGGGACCAUGCCUACAGACCAAAAUCAUUUGUUGACACUCGAAGAAGCUAUCAAAGAAGUGAAAAGUAAAAUCAAUUAUUAUGCCUAA